ACACAUUACAAGGACAAGAUCGACAAUCGACACAUGCGCAGGUUUGGUCUUGGAAAUACCUGUUUCUCUAGAUAGAUUAAUUGAAAGUUCUACUGCUUAGAUUUACCAAUCUCAAAGAUCCAAAAUGAAUAUAAGAUGUGCGAAGCCAGAAGACUUGAUAAACAUGCAGCACUGCAACCUGCUGUGUCUGCCAGAGAACUAUCAGAUGAAAUAUUACUUCUACCACGGGUUGUCCUGGCCACAGCUCUCGUAUGUAGCCGAAGAUGAAGACGGCAAGAUUGUUGGAUAUGUACUGGCUAAAAUGGAAGAAGAUCCCGAUGAAGUUCCCCAUGGUCAUAUCACAUCACUGGCGGUCAAGAGGUCUCAUCGUAGACUUGGUCGCCAGAAGCUUAUGAACCAAGCAUCGUUGGCAAUGACCGAAUGCUUCAAUGCAAAAUAUGUGUCAUUGCAUGUGAGGAAAAGCAACCGUGCUGCUCUUCACUUGUAUCAGAAUACACUCAAAUUCACGACAAAUGAUAUAGAACCCAAAUACUAUGCAGACGGUGAGGAUGCCUAUGCUAUGAAGAGAGAUUUAACAUCCUUCGGAAACAAGAAGACAAGCGUUGAAGAGGUUGGGAAGGUCCUGGAGAAGAUGACGGUGGAGGAGAGCGGAGAGCAGGAGGAUGGAGCCGCUCAAGGAGCAUCAGGGGAUGGUAGUACUCCCUCCCCUCCCUCAGGGGGCAUAGAGAGGCUCCAGCCAGGUACCGAGAAACAGAAAGAAGGUGAUAAGAAGUCAUCUCAACCAGGGAAAGGUGGCAAAGAGGAAGGGGGCGGUGCGACGGGUAAAGGAAGCGGGGAACAUCCGCCCAAAUCGGGGAGAGAGUCUAAGAAGAGAAGAAAGAAGGCUGCAAGUGAGGCGGCUGCUAAGGCUGAAGAAAAGUCAUGAGAC